UAUGAAACCUGUACCAAGAUGUAUGUCCUUUAACUCUUGUCCAUAGUUAUGCUCUCCAAACCAGCAUGUGCACCGUCCCGAAGGAAACAUGAGAGUUUGCAGCUGUUACAAUGUCCACCAAGGCACACCCAUAAGGUCACAAUGAGUCAUAGACUCGUGACUCAACAAACACAGAAUGUUUGUUUCAAGCUGAUAACUUAUACUCAUAGGUCUGUAGUAGCGUAAGAUGGCAGCUCUCGUGAAUGUGGUCCUUGUGGUUUGCUUUAUGAUAGUCGCGCAGGUCUCAACCAUGACCAGCCCAGAUCUACAGCAGAGGCUACAGGAUCUCGACACUUUCAUCCAGAACCUGAUGACAUGUGAGUCCAGGCUUGUAGUCGGACUGACCGUGUCCGUGGUCAAGGACGGCCAGACCGUUUUCGCCAAGGGGUACGGCCAAAGGGACCUGCAGACUGGACAAGCUGUGGACAACAGGACUCUCUUCGGAGUCGGCUCCAUCUCCAAGUCCUUCACCUCAGCCCUGUUAGCGGCCAUUCUCGGGGAGAGGGAAGACGUGAGCUGGGACACCGUCCUGACGGACAUCCUGGGGCCGUCCUUCAGGUUCAGGGACCUGUUCCGUACCGAAAAAGCGACCCCGAGAGACCUUCUAGCCCACAAAAUCGCACUGGAAAACCCAUGGUACGUCGCCGUAAUAAUGGGACAAGACAUCGACAGAUCGGAGUUUGCACGACGAAUGCGGUACUACAGGGAGAUCUACCCAUUCCGCACCACCUUCCGUUACAAUGACGUCAUGUACACGCUGGCCGCUCACGUCGCCGAAAAGCUCGCCGGAAAACCCUUUGAGACCCUACUGCGAGAGCGAAUCCUACAGCCACUGGGCAUGAACGACACGGUGUACUUAGCCUAUUGGCUGUUCCCACCAUCAGCACUGGUGGCACAGAAGAUCAAGGAGGUUAAAAAAGAGAUCAACAACAUGUGUACAGAUAAGAGGUCUGUCAAGUUACAUCUUCCAGCAGCGGGCGUAGUGUCCAACGCCUUGGACAUGGCCCGGUACAUGAAGUUCCAUCUCAGCGGGGGGAGGGACACGACCGGCCGCCUGGUGGUCUCGGAGGACACCUUACGGCAGACCCAAACCGCGAGCGCCGUCAUGUCCUCGUACUGGGACAAAGUCGAACCGUACUGGCCGGUAGAAGCGUGGCUGACGCAAGGCUAUGGGCUGGGUUUGUCUACCGGUUCCUAUAGAGGUAAGGACCACUGGCUGAAUGCCACCACAGGCUGCACGUAUCCUGCACCUUGGUGGGCGACACGGCAGACCAGGAGCACAGCCGUCCCUAAAAUCUCGCCCAACUUCCCGCGAGACAAACGUGACUACGAAGGUGUCUACGGCAACCAUCCGACAGGCAACUUGACCAUCAGCCUGAAUACGACCGACAACAAGUUAUACUUCAGUCUUGGUUUGAUCGGACGUGGUCUAAUUCUCCCUACCGAGACUGCUAACCAAAUUCUCUUUCGAGCUGAAGAACCGUUAGAGUAUAUCCCCAAUAUUAUUGCCGAUGUAGAAGUAAAAAGUGGAGAGGUAUUCUCUUUAUCGCUGCAAAGCUAUCCUCCCGAACCGCCUGUACUGUUCGAGCGAGGCCUGAAGCUGACAGACCCGGACCCUACAGAGCCGGAGUGGGACGACUGUACAGGUGUCUCCGGCUCUCCCGACCGCACAGCUUUGAGUUACACAUUCGCCUUCUUGCUCUUUUUGGCAUAUAUGUUUACUGUGUAAUCUUAUACCAUGUAUGAGAGAAAAUC